AUGUCUUCCGGAAUUACUCCGUUCGAUGACUGUUUUGGCAAAGUUUCUUUCUUUUCAUUUUGCCAUACCCUUUGCAUUCUUUCUCUUUCUUCCUCUCUUUCUCCCCCUCUCUCUCUCUCUCUAUCUAUCUAUCUAUCUAUCCCAGUUUGUUCAUAUCUAUCAAAAUAUGUAAUAUCUAUGUAUCUAUCCAUCUAUCUAUUUAUCUAUCUAUCUAUCUAUCACAGUAUGUUCGUAUCUAUCUAUCACAGUAUGUUUAUAUCUAUUUAUCUAUCUAUCUAUCUAUCUGUUCAUAUCUAUCUGACUACCUAUCUCUGGUUCUUCACAUCUAUCUCAAUCUGUCCAUAUCUAUCAGAAUAUGUUCAUAUCUAUCUACCUAUCACAGUAUGCUCAUAUCUAUCUAUUUAUCUAUUGAUCUAUCAUAGUCUGUUCAUAUAUAUCAAUCGGAAUAUGUUCUUAUCUAUCUAUCUAUUUAUCUAUCUAUCUAUCUAUGUCAUUCUGUUCAUUAUCUAUCUAUCUAUCUAUCUAUCUAUCUAUCUAUCUAUCUAUCUAUCUAUCUGUCUGUCUGUCUAUCUCAACCUGUUCAUAUCUAUCUAUAUAUCUAUCUAUUUAUCUAUCUAUAUAUCUUUAGAUCCUCUUUUUUCAUCCCUCUCUCUGUCUCUCUGUCUGUCUGUAUGUCUGUCUUUCUCUCUCAUUCUCUCUCUCUCUCUCUCUCUCUCUCUCUCUCUCUCACGCACAUUGUAUCGUUUUUAA